CCAUUAUUUCGUAAUAUUUUUUACCUUUUUAUUCAAUGCUUCGCAUUUGCGACACGACUUGUUUAUGUGCGAGAGAUAUACCCAGACAUUACGGGAGUCAAGAUUUUUAAUGGGAAAAGUGUUUUGACGCCAAAAUUUGUGCGCAUAGAGCGCCUACACUCUACUCAUGUCUAUAGUCACGCAAACCUAGUGGUAUCCCUUCUCUUAGGCUUCACUAUUCAGUAUAUUCUGUAUUAUAUUCUCAUACAUGAUAUUCAAGUACAGUAAUCGGAUCGAAGUUUUGCAUCAGUUUUACAAAUAACACACGAAAGUGAAAGAAUAUAUACCGUUAUACCCGUAGAUAUAAGUUUCACAUCCUUUGUGACUAUCUAAAAGUUGCGUGAAGUAUGUCCGCCCGUCCCCUCACCAGCGAAUCGGACGACUACGAAGAUGUCGAGGAAACGGAUAAAGUGAAAACAAAAAAUGAAGUGAUGGGACACCACUACAUCACCAUCACACCCAGGGGUUUAUCUAAUUUAACGUUAUAUAGAUACGAAAUAAAGACUGAGAAAAGUGGUGUUUUGAACAUAUAUGUUCAGGGUAACAUCGCUAGCAUAACACUAACAACUCCUUUAUAUAGAUACGAAAUAAAGACUGAGAAAAGUGGUGUAUUGAACAUAUAUGUUCAGGGUAACAUCGCUAGCAUAACACUAACAACUCCUGUAUUCAUGACUGUUCAUGAUUUGGGAUCUAACCACACCGAGUUUCAUAAGCUGGUUGAACACCCAUGUAUGGCCAAACUUAAGGCCCGUUCCGUUUGGAUUCACGUGGACCUACCCGGCCAGGAGUUUGACGCCCCAGACCUACCCGAGGGAUUCACUUUCCCCUCAAUGGACCAAAUUGCUGACGACUUGCUG